AUGUUCAAUAAACCACACCUCAAACGUCCCUCCGCCCGGCGCUCCUCGUCCGUACGCCCAGGCCCCAAGCCAAACAACGUCUUCGACGAGGACAACCCCGCCGAUCAGGGCUAUGCCACCUCAAGUCCCCUCAGCGAGGUCAGCGACACGAGCAACCACUCCGAGUACUGGCUCCACCACAAUGAACCAGCACCCCCCGCGCCACUGUCACCCCGGAGACAGCAGGUCGUCAUCGAGAUCAGCGACGACGAAGAUACUGCAGAUCCGCCUAAGCCGUCAAAGCAAGCCGAGACAGAGGCCCGGAAUGCGAAAGCUCGUCUUGAGCAUUUAACUGCAAAAUGGGGCCCUUUAGAUGAGCGCGACGAUCGCCAGGCACCAAUUCCAUCGAUCCGACAUCAGGGGUCGGCCUCGACCUCCCAACUCCACACCAUGAUUGAACCGAUUGAACCUCCAGCAUCAUAUCAUACCAAAUCAUUAGCGCUUAGUAGGAGCCUUGCUUAUCGUGAACUCCCGAAUUUCACCCGCCGUGUCCCUGGUCUGAAUAUCGCCGGCGGUGGGAAUACACCCCGCGGUCCAAAUCUUCCAGGCCCAAAUGCCGCCGGCGGCCUAAGGCUCCCCGGCCCGAACCGCGCACACGGCCCAAUUUCACCUCAUCCUCGCGGCUCAAAUCCCCCUGUUUCUAACCGUGCCCGCCCUACAUACCUCCCGGCCCCCCGCCGCGCUCUAGUUCUCCACACGACCACGAACGCCCGUGGCCGCGCCCGCGCAGCUCCAGCAUUACCCCGCCUCCCCUCCUCACCCCAGUUCCGCACGCAGCCUACUACCCCCCCGCGCUACGCCACCCCCGCAAUCUUCUAUGGCUCGACUCCGCCAGCACCACCAUCACCACCACCACCCGCGAAGCCCCGCAGAAACACACAGAUAGUUCUCUCCAGCCCGCCCGAGCCAGCUGCGAAACCUGCCACACCUCAACCAACCACAGAGACAAUUCACUCCAGCACGCCUUCUUCACCGGAGCUGCCGCCAUAUGCCUGGCUGGACAAGACAGGGACCAGCAUUGCACGACUACACGGCGCAAUCAGGGGUGUGCUGGCGCAGGGGGAUGAAGGUGCGAUUAGGACGCUGGCGAGGGAGUUGAGGCAUGAUUGGGAGGUGGAUGCGAUGGCGAUUUAUGUGGAGGCGUUUGUGAGGGGAGCAUUGUUUGAUCGGAUUACUUAA